AUGUCUGAAGAACGAGGCUUCGUCGAGUUUAUCACCACCGGCCGGGCUCGCAUGAGAGAGCCGAUGGCUGGGCAGCCGAUCAGCAACCAGAACCAGCUGCUCCGCUUUAUACGCUGCUUCACCGGCCCGUGGACUCCCUGGAUGCCCAUCGGCGUUUUCCUGAUCCACCACGUCGACGGGCCCAUUCUGGUCGAUACCGGCGCCUCCUCGGAGUGCAUGAAGCCCGGCUACGUUCCGUCGUACAUGUUCGUGGCUAGCAUCUUGACCCAGCUCGAGGUCGAGCCCAACGACGACAUUGUGGAGCAGCUGAAAACCCGGGGGAUCAGCCCGCGAGACCUGCAGGCUAUUGUUGUCACGCACCUGCACACUGAUCAUGCUGGCGGACUGGAGAAUAUUGUCAAACUGGCACCCGAUGUCCCUGUCUACAUGAGCGCUGCCCACUGGGAGGCCUAUGGCAAGCAUCCUACCUGGGCCGAUAUGCAGGGCUGCGCGUCGAAACACUGGCCCAAGGCUUUUAACCUCAAGUUAUUGAAAUUCGAGGGGAAUCCGGUUGGGCCUUGGGCUGGAUCCGAAGCCAUUACUCCAGAUGGGCAAGUCGUGGCGGUUCCGACGCCAGGCCACGUCCCAGGCCACAUCUCUGUUAUUAUCACGGAAGACGCCCCGCCUGGCCAAUCUGCUUCCACGUUUUUGGCAGUUGGAGACGCCACGUAUAAUGUCGGGCUGUUGGAGCGAGAGGAGCCGGACGGAAUCAAUCAGGACCCCAAGACGGCGUUUGAGAGCUUGAAGCUCAUCAAAGAAUUUUCGAGGCAAAAGGAUGUUGUGGUUCUUCCGAGUCACGACCCUGAUACGCCCCGAUUCCUACGGGAUAAAGUGGAACCGCACCUCAGCAGUUGGGGCAUCAUCAAACAUCAGAGAACGAAGAAUAGCAUUGGAGCAAUCGUCGACAUGGCCACUCAACCUCGCGUGAAAUCUGUCUGUCCGGAGCCGCUUCGAAUCUUCCCAGCAGAGCCUCUACCCCUCAAUCUCAUCACCCGCGUGGACAAAAAUCGCUCCAACGGCUAUUAUGGGCCCUUUGACGCAAACCUCGUGGCUACCAAGGCCGCCGAAUUGAUCGCCGUGAAUUCUGACGCUCAGCAACUGCCUCUCGUGGAGGUCUUGAACCGGCUCCUGACACAGGCCGAGGCCGACUGCGUUGCCGAAGCUGUCGCCGGCCAGAAAAACGCAAAGGCGGAGGUCACACACUCUUGCUGGCUUUGUAUUCGCAUGACCCUGCCGACGGAUGGAUGGGUGGUGCCGCGAUGGCAUACAGAUGGCAGAAUGUUUGACUGCACCUGUCCGGAUUCCACCGCGCCGCACUCGAAGUAUGCCUUUUCGAUUCUUGGUCCGUCUACCAGGGCGAUACUCACGAAUCCAGACGCCCAUAAGAUUUUGCACUCACCCUCACCAAGUGGACGGCGUUGGGACACCAAUGACCCGGAUCCUGGGUUGGCCAAGGCCCUGGAGAGCUACCCGCAGGCUGCCAUUGAACCAGGACAAAUGAUCCGCUUCAGCUGGGCUCAGGAGGAUUCACCGAUCCACUCUGAGCCGGAUUCGACGGAAAUGCAUCGUGUAUUUGUCAGUAUCCUUUUCGGGAGCGAGUGUGAGCUGCGGGAUAUGUGUGAUUUCAGGGGAGAAACAUAUGGCGCCUGGUACUGA